AUGGCACUUGCCGCUCCUCCGCUCAAUGAUCGCAAGCGCGUCAAGGUCUACGAGCUCAAGAACAACGACUGGUAUGACCGUGGUACCGGCUUCUGCGCCGGCCAGCUCCUUGCCAAUGAUGAAGCCCGCAUCUUUGUCCAGUCCGAGGAUGACAAUCAGCGCUUGCUGCUCGAAACGAGAAUCUCGCGCGACGAUGGUUACCAGAGGCAACAGGACACAUUGAUAGUAUGGACCGAACCAAGCGGCAUCGAUAUGGCCUUGAGCUUUCAAGAGGCAGACGGAUGCGCACAGAUAUGGGAGUUUAUCACCGACAUACAGCAGCGCAUGCUCGCAAUGCACCCCAACGAGUACGACGGUCUGUCGGACGAACUGGUAGAUGGUCAAGGUCUGCUGCUACCCAUGCCCGAGCUAGCCAACUUGCACCAAGUACAAGAGACGAUGCGCGCAGCCAGCCAAACAACCCACGGCCGCGAUGCCCUGGUCAAGUUCGUCAUGGCCCCCGAAACUCAGUACCUCUCCAAGCUGCUGCCCCUGGUCGAGCUUGCCGAAGACGCCGAGGACAUUCAAGCCCUGCAUCGUCUGUGCACCAUCAUGAAGACGCUCAUCCUGCUCAACGACACGUCCAUCAUAGACUUGACAGUCUCGGACCAUGCCAUCCUGGGUGUCGUGGGUGCUCUAGAGUACGAUCCGGAUUUCCCAAGUCACAAGGCCAACCACCGCCACUACCUCGCGGAUGAAUCUCGCUUCAAGGAGGUCGUGGCUAUUGACAACCCUGUCAUCAAGAACAAAAUUCACGCCACAUAUCGCUUGCAGUACCUCAAGGAUGUGGUGCUGGCCCGUAUUCUGGACGACCCCACCUUCACCGUCCUCAACUCUCUCAUAUUCUACAACCAGGUCGACAUUGUCAACCACAUCCAGUCUAGCAAAGACUUCAUUCAGGAGCUUUUUACUAUCUUUACAACUCCUGACUCAGAAGACCAACGCAAGAAGGACGCUGUGCACUUCAUUCAGACGUGCUGCUCCGUCGCCAAAAGUAUUCAAGCACAAUCGCGUGCUCACCUGUUUCAGAAUUUUAUUCACGGCGGUUUGCUGGACGUCGUCACAUAUGCUUUGCGCCACCGUCAUGCCUCUGUGCGUGUUGCUGGCACCGACAUCCUCGUUGCCCUCAUCGACCACGAUCCCGUCAUGAUGCGCUCUCACAUCUUCCGUUCCAUCAACCAGAAGACCAAGCCGCUGACAGACACUCUUAUUGAGCUGUUGCUCGUUGAGGUCGACCUGGGAGUCAAGGCUCAGAUGGCGGAUGCGAUCAAAGUUCUCCUGGACCCUCAUGCUAGUUCUACGUCUAUGGAUAUGCUGGGCAGAACCAAUGGGGAUUUCAUGGCAAAGAUGAGGGGUGCAAAUCCCAACUCUAGCGCUCAGAUGGAGAGUUUUGUUGACAACUUUUACAACGACGGUGCCAAACGCCUCUUCCAGCCCCUAAAAGAUCUUGAGCACAACCAAAACUUACACACUAUAUCCGCACAGGAGGCUUCUUUAUUCGUCCACUUGGUCGAAAUUCUAUGUUUCUUCAUUCGCCAACAUAAUUUCCGAAGUAAAUAUUACAUUCUUGCUGAGAACUUACAUUGCCGUGUAGCGCAGCUGCUAUCUUGCCCACAGAAGCAUCUGAAACUGACGGCUCUUAAGUGGUUCCGAACAUGUGUCGCGCUCAACGACGAACACCACAACAAAGACAUGAUCACGAAAGGCGUGUUCGACCCGAUCCUCGACAUUGUCUACCAGACAAUGCCUCGAGACAACCUCCUCAAUUCUGCCUGUCUCGAACUGUUUGAAUUCAUCAAGCGUGAAAACCUCAAGCAAUUGCUCAUACCGCUAGUCGAGGGAUAUAGGGAGAAGCUGCUUGGUAUCACCUAUGUUAGCACAUUCGGAGCCCUCGUUGUCAAGUUCGAGCAAAUACAGAGUGGAUUCAACCCUGAUGAAACCAGCUUUUCAACACAGGGCGGGGAGACGCCGAAUCGCAGUCUUGUUGCUGGCGGCCAGCGAUGGCAGGGACUCAAGGACGCCGAUGCGGAAGAGGAAGCGUAUUUCAACACCAACUCGGACGAAGAGACAGAGGACGAGGGCGCUGCUUCGCUACCAGAGACUGUUGGUGCAAAGCCUUCUGCAGUCGGCCCUCCAAUGCGGCCGCUGGUUUCAUAUCCCGAAGACGAGGAUGAGGACGCAAUGGAGAUGCUCGCAGCAUCACCGGGCACACCGGCUGAAAAGAAAGAUGCCAGUGUCGAGUCGACGACGACGACGACACAAGAAACACUGGAAUCGUCACCAUCGGUCGUGCCGGAAAAGCGGCGACGUGAAGACGACGACGAAGACGACCUAGAGAAACUGGCAGGUGCGAUCCCAGCCAAACGUCGUAGCUCAGUCAGCAGUAUAAGCAGUGUGCGCAGCGAUAUGUCGGCCGCAAACCUGGACUCGCCCACUGCCAGUCAGCAGCAAAAUGGUGCAGGGCACCCGCUAAGGAGGAAAGGCAGUCUGCACGGCAAGGACGGCAGUCCGGGACCACGAAAGGGUAUAAGCAUCGGGCCCAUCUCGCUUUCCCUAUCAGGAAAGACCAACAGUGAAGAAGGAGGCCCAUAA